AUGUCCCUAGUUCUGACAAACGGAGCCGUUGCGCAAACUACCAAGACACUUCCGCCCGAUGAACCCUUCGGUCAAGGCGGAAACCCUGACUGGCUACGCCAGAUAUACCAACAGCUUCAUGUAGUAUAUGGUUUGCCUCCCAAACUCCGCGUGUACAGGACGACGGUCACUUCACCAUCCAAGGACCUCGAAGACCUUUCAAGUCAUUUUCAACACUGGCGCCAAAACCCCGAGUCGUUCUGGGAGACACCAUCCACUGCCGUUCAGCUGGAUUCCCAGACCACGGAACUACGCGUUCUACAAAGAUUUGUUGCCGUUUCUGCCCACGAGCUCUUCUUACGCAUCGUUCCCAGGGCGCGGGAAAGAAUCUCCGCUAAGCAAAUGGCCGACUUCCUCAUUGCAAUCGGCCUUCAAGCGCCCUCCGAGGACAGGAAAAAGUACGCCGGCCUGGUUCGACGUGGCCGUGACUGGGUUCUAUUUUGCAGCCGACUACAUGAAAUCGAAUCCCAUAACAUGCAGAGUCCUCCCCCUAGUCCCAGUGUCUGCGCCGCUGGCGAUACUUUGCACGCUGCUUCCUUCGAUAGCCCUGGCAUCUACGGACCCCUAUUUGUCUGCAGCAUUGAUGACUCCAUAUUCGGGUCAAAUGGCCUUUUCGGAUCUGGCAAGCAACAAUACAUUAAGCAAUUGUCCGAGGCAGGGCUGUCCAAGGCUGCCAGAGAGUAUGGGGCAAAUCAAACCGCCAAGAUUCUACUUGGCUAUCACCAAAAUCUUUUUUGGCUUCCGAGUACCACUCUAGAAGGUUUAGACUCGCUGAUAGUAAGGAAGCGAAAGCCGGAGAUUGAGUGCGGUAACACCAAGAAGAAGCCGAGAAACGAUUCCGAGAGCGAGACGAACCUACGGUGUGACAAUAUGGUAUCCCCGCAACUACAGGGUCAUCAACCUACCUCCUUGACACGGUUAGAUGGCAUCGAUGUUCUUACACCACUUGCUUGCUCUCCAGACUGGUCUAUAGACGCAACAUCACCACUGCCCUUGUUUAGAAUAGAAGACUUCUUUUACAUCGCCAUGCCCUAG